AUGUCAUUAAAUUAUGAUUAAUUUGUGAAAAAAUACUUUCCAAUAAGACCAGAAACAAACUAAAAGGGAUCAUAUGCAUCAAUAUCUAAAUCAAAGUAAGGAUAAAUGAUAAAAGAAUUAAAAUUUACAGAAAAUGAAUGGUAAUCUUGGAGAGAGCAUUUUGUAUAAGAGAUAGAGCUCUAAAAUAUUCUAAACGAAUGUAAACCAAGUUAUUUUCUCAAAAUCUAGGAUUGGGUUGAAGAAUUCUAAAAAAAAUAGAUAAACAUCAUCUUUUAGAUUCUACGAAUAGGAAUUGAAUAAUAACGUAGAAAGAUUUUUCAUUUAAAUAUAACCCAAAUAACUUGA